AUGGAGUUGCAAUUUAUGUUUAACGAGAAUACGACUUAUACUGAUAGUAGUACAUACCCUGGUACUUUAAACAAUGUUGAUUUGGAAUUGGCAAUUGACAUGGUUCCGGCUUACAUAUUAAUGCGUCCUCCUCAUACAGUUAACGUUGAAACAACAUCCCACAAAGAACAAGACAUACUAAGAGAUCCUUUGGAAGUUACAAACACAGAUGAAACAAACACAGAUGAAACAUAUACAGAUGAAACAAACACAGGUGAAACAAACACAGAUAAAACAAAAACAAAUGAAACAAAAACAAAUAGAGAAAAACCAGAAAGUAAAAAAUCAACGUCUAAAGAGAAUACCGGACCUAAAAUAAUUGAGAAAUAUAAAAAUCCAUUUGAUUAUUUUGUAUUUGAGAAUAAUCUACUGUCUGCAUAUGCAUUGAAGAAAAGAUCAUUGGUAGAAAAAGAGAUGCAAACUGCAUCGACCAAUGAUGUUCUAUGGGACUGUAAGAUUUGUUGUAAAGAACAUGAUUGCAAAGAGAGUUUAUUUGAUCAUUAUGAGAUGCAUAAAAUAGUAGCAGAUCAAUUAGAAGAUAAAAGUGAAGAUAAAGAAGAAACUGAUGAUAACUUCACGUUAAUGGAUUCCGAUAAAGAUGACGAAAAAGUUACUUGCGACCUUUGUCUGCUUACUUUUAAAAAUAAAUGCAGCUAUUACGGUCACAUCCAACGAGCCCACAGGAUAAAAGAUAACUACUGCGAAAUCUGUAAGCGAAACUAUGCGAAUGAGUACAGCUUGAGCAUCCACAAUGCCACACACAGUUCUGAUCCCAAAACAUUCGUUUGCGUCGUUUGUAAAAAUUUUAGUACUCAAAUUACAGAUUCCUUAUUUUUACAUAUUCGUUCAGAACACGUUUUACGAAAAUACGACUUAUACUGA